CGAAACUUCAGUAAUUAAUCCGAAUGGAGCUCUUAAGGAUUGGUAUUUAAACAUUGAAAGAAAACAUGAAUGGAUUAGAAAAAUAGCCAAAAAUAGUCAAUUGAUCGCGUAAGAAAAGACGUUUAAUGAGGUCACGUGGUCAUUUUUCUGAAAAUGGCGGAUUGACCGUAGAUUCAACAUGCAAGCGGGAUUAUAAACGCCAAAAUACCGCCAGUCCGCAAAGCAUCCAAGCCCGGAAACCAUCUCAUCGCACGGGGAACACACCGGUGCUGUGCACGGUGCCGAAAAAUUGUGGCAAAAUGAUAAAACGGGGCCGCGGGAGACCGCCGAAAUCUUCUGUGCUGGGCAGAGGAGCGGGAAGCAGCUCCUCGCCUGCUGCCAAACGCAAGAACAUGGGCCGAGGUGGCGGCGCGGCCGGGUACUGGGACAGCGAUCGAGAAGACGGUGGUGGGGGUAGCCCCGCAAGUUCCAGGUGUAGCACACCGAUGAGUCGCGCUUCCAGUCAGAUGUCGUCUCCUUCUUCGACGGUUGGAAGAGGGAGAGGCCGUGGGCGUGGCCGUGGGAGGGGGAGAGGAAGGGGUGCAAGUUCACUCACCAAAUCACCAAGGACACCGAGAGAAGCAGCCAGGAAAAGCAAGAGACUGAUUCAGGAGGUUAUUACUUCUGAGAGAAGCUUAAAAGCGAAGCCGACAGAAAAGGCGGAGAGGGGGCGACGCAAACAGAAACAUUCCAAACCCAAGCUCAGCUCCGAUGAGGAGGAGGAGAGCAGUCCAGACGAAUUGGAACCAGAUGAAGACAACUAUGGUGUGGAUUCUAGUUCCUCAAUCGCUGGCUCCAACGACGACGAUGGUAAUGCUUCUGAUUUUUCUGAGGAGAGCUCCUAUAGUGAGGCCAGCAGUGCCCCAAGCCGGCGCAAGUACACCAACCGACUGAGCCUUCCGCCUUCGCCCUCUUGGCUGGAGGAGAAGGAUAUCCCGCUGUUGGAACUGCCCAAGAGCAGCGAUGACUUGACCAUCGAGAGACAGGACCUCACCAUGGCCCUGGCUGUCUACGAGGUCCUGCGGCACUUCCACCAACAGUUGCGCCUGUCUCCCUUCCGCUUUGAGGACUUCUGCGCUGCGCUUAGCAGUGAGGAGCAGUGCAACCUGUUGGCUGAGACCCACAUCUGCCUGCUGCGGGCACUCAUGCGGGAGGAGGAUGGGAACAGCACCACCUUCGGACCCCACGACCUCCGGGACAGCAUCAACGUCCAGAUGAUAUUCCUAGACGGCAUGACCUGGCCCGAGCUGGUCCGUUGCUACAUUGAGAGUGACAAAGAGUUCCUUCAUGUAUUGCCUCAUGUUGAGGCUGAAAACUACCCCUUCGCUGGGGCCCGCGACAAACUCAAGGUGAUCCAGUUCCUCUGCGACCAAUUUCUGGCCUCCAACAAGGUCAGGGAGGAGAUUCUGAGCGAGGGCGCCAUCACAUACGACGACCACUGUCGUGCGUGUCACAAGCUUGGGGACCUUCUGUGUUGUGAGACUUGCACAGCUGUGUACCAUUUGGAAUGUGUGGACCCUCCCCUUACAGAAGUCCCAGAGGAUGAUUGGCUGUGUUCUGUGUGCCAAGAACAUCGCGUGGACGGUGUCUAUGACUCUAUUUCUGAAGUUGAGAAGAGCGGCAUGUUGAUUCGCCAUGAACCGUUGGGAUAUGACAGACAUGGACGGAAAUACUGGCAUCUGUGCCGCCGUAUUUGUGUGGAGGCCGAGGAUGAGCUGUGGUACUACAGCAGCAAACCCCAGAUUGAGGAUCUCAUCGCGGCCCUGGACCCCCUGGAAUGGGAAGGGCCCCUGUGCCGAGCCAUCCAGGAGUCCCUGCCAGAGAUCUGGGAUCACGUGGCCAAGACGGCGGAGCUGACAAACAGUGCCAGAGGAAACCAAAGAGCAGAGCUCCAACGAGCGGCAGAGGAAAUUCUGGCUGCGAGGGCCGUCAAAGAGGAAGAAGAACGUAAGAAACAGGAAGAGGAAGAAGAGGCAAGACGGAAGCAAAUCGAGGAGGAGGAGCUAAAGAAAAAAGAGGAGGAGGAACAAGAGCAGAUACGGAAGGAAGAACGAGAGAAAGGAUCAGAGUCACAGGAAACAGCGGCUGGUGCAGAGGCUAAGGCUGAUGAGGAGUUGCAGGCUAAGGUUGAUGAGGAGUUGCAGGCUAAGGCUGGUGAGGAGUCCCAGGCUAAGGCUGGUGAAGAGGCUAAUCCCAGCAGUGAGGAAGCUGACCUUGCUCAGUCAGAAUCAAAGGCUGCUGGUACAGAGACUAAGAUGGAAGUUGAGGAGGCAAAGGUCACAGAGACAUGCGAAAGUGUUAAGGACGGAACUGGGGAUGCUCCAAUACAGUCUGAUGAUGUCGGGAUCAAACCUGGCGACGAUAACAAAGAGAAUACUGUCAGCGCCGAGGGUGACAAAGUGAUUAAACCAAGCAGCCAGGAUGGCGAAAAUGCAGUUCAGUGUACGGAUCCUGCCGUGUCUCUGCCAUGUCAGACAAUGCAAUCCUCUACCUCUGUCACGACUGUAGAAAAGAAGACGGUGGUAACAGAAACAAUGACAGUGGCCACCACAGAGAGUAACUCCAGUGAGACAGUCACGGCAGUCCAGUCAGUGACCCAGACGACCACGUCAGUCACGCGGGUGGAAACAAUGGCCGUGACUUCCACUACCAACACCACGACUGUCACCGAUCAGGUGACACCCAUGGAGACAGAUGAACAAAGCUCAAACAAAACUGAUAAUGAUGACGACAAAGAUGCUUCAAAAACCACCCCUGCAUCAGGAGACUCCAAAAGCUCCGACAACGCCAUGGAGACAGAAUCCAAAGACCAAAGUGAAACCAAAGAUGGUGAGGAGACAAAAGCCGACCCCUCGUCCAAGACCCCUGCCAAAACAGGCAUCAUGACCCGGUCCCGCAACCCAAACUAUAAGCCUCCACCGCCAAAGGCAACUCCUUUCCUGACCUACUCCACCACGCUGCCGAGCAAAUCGUCAGCCACAACCACCACCUCCUCCAGCACCACAAAAGUCAGUUCCAAGACGGAGGACUCCUGCCUUGUCAUCAAUGCCAAGGGGCAAAUCAAACGGGUCGACAGCAAAAAGGAAACAGUCAAGGAGGUGACUGCCUCCGGUGUGACCACCCGCAGCAUGAACCCCGACAAGAUGUUCCGGCUGGGCAUGGAGGGCAACUACAAGCUGUACAGGAACCAGUACAGCUCCAACCCUCUGGCCCUGAACAAACCCCAGCAUGCCGAGGACAGGGACCGCCGGCGCUACAUCGCCCACAAAUUCAGUCUGUCCAGCUCGGAGCGGCUCAAGUGGAACGGCACGGUGUAUGGCAACAAGCAGCUCAUAGUGUCCACGUUGCGGCUGACCAUCACACAGCUGGAAAGCCAGAUUCAGGCCCCCUUCAUGCACUCCAACUGGGCGGUGCACCGUACCAACUGGAUCAAGGCCGUCCACAUGUGCAACAAGCCCCAGGAGUUCGCCCUAGCCCUGUCCAUCCUGGAGUGCGCCAUCAAGCCUGUCGUCUUCACCCCUCUCUGGUCGGACGGCCUGGGUCACAUCCGGUUGAUCCGCACCACGGCCCUGGAGAAAGAGGACAGAAAGAAGGCUGAGAAGAAACGGCGGGAUGACGAGGAUGACAUCUACAAGAACCCCAACAACCACUGGGUCAAGUACACCUUCCCCAUCAAGCACCUGGUUUGGAAGCUCAAAGGGGAAGAGUACCGCAUUGUGGGCGGGGACGGCUGGGCCUGGGUCAGCUCCACUCGCCGGAAUCGAACCUUGCCCCCACCCAGCCCUGCCAAAGUGGCACUGCUGUGUAGCAUCAAGGCCUACUCGGAAGCUCAUGUCAUCGGCGAGGAAUUUAGCUCCAAAAAAGACUCCCAGAAGUCAAAAGCCGUCACCCCUCAGAAAUCACAAGCUGCAAGACCCGCCUAUGGGAAAAACAGGGGGAAACACAGAACAUCAAUAUCAGAGGAUUCGGAGAGUAAGGAUCCACCGUCAUCGGGAACGGAGACAGACGGAGACAGAGAUGCUGCAUCUGGGACCACGCCGAAAGAUGUCAAGGGUCAGAAGUCAGCGGAAGACAAAGACGAGGCAAUGGAGGUGUCUUUGUCAGAGAACAAGGAGACACAGAAGGAGGAAACUGGAGAGAAGACGGAAGCCAUGGAUACAACUGAGCAGAAAUCGCUGGAAACUGUCCAAGAAGAAACGGCUCCAUCUGCCCAGUCACCAGAUGGGAAGGACAAAGUUGUUGUGAAAGAUACUCCUGAAAAUGCUGCAGAACUAGUUGAGGAAACGUCAGAACCCAUGGAGGUUACAGAGAUUAAUAAAACGGUACAGCUACCAGAUGUGGCCUCUCAACCCAUUGUAGAACCUGGGGACAAACCUGUUGGGGUAGACGAGGAUAAUCCUUCUGCUGCUCCAGAAUCCGAGAACCAGGACCCGAAACAGGAAUCUUCAGAUGUGUCCACGGAAGCCUCUGAACCAACGAAUACGGAGGAGAAACCAAGCAUUGGGGAAUCCAAGACUGAAACGGAGAAAGCGGAGGAGAAAGCAAGCAUUGGAGAAUCCAAGACUAAAAUGGAGGAGAAAUCAAGUAUUGGAGAAUCCAAGACUGAAACGGAGAAAGCGGAGGAGAAAGCAAGUAUUGGACAAUCCAAAACUGAAACGGAGGAAACGGAGCUUAGAGCAAGCAUUGGAGAAUCCAAGACUGAAACGGAGAAAAUGGAGGUGAAAGCAAGCAUUGGAGAAUCCAAGACUCAAAUGGAGAAAACAGAGCUAAAAGCGAGCAUUGGAGAAUCCAAGACUGCAGCAGAGAAAACGGAGGUGAAACCAAGCAUUGGAGAAUCUAAGGCUGAAACGGAGAAAACGGAGGUGAAAGCAAGCAUUGGAGAAUCCAAGGCUGAAACGGAGAUAACGGAGCAGAAAGCAAGUAUUGGAGAAUUCAAGACAGAAACGGAGAAAACAGAGGAGAAACUGAGCGUUGGACAAUCCGAGACUGAAACACCAAAGCAGGAUGUCAAAUCUUCAACAGCUGAUCAAGGCGCUGUCCCAAAGACCUCUUCGAGUGGAGCUGUCAGAGCUCCACUGGAUCCCAAGUGGGACAGCCUAGACAUCAGCCUGGCGCUUAAGGACCAUACCCUGUACCGCAAGAUCCCCUACCGCUCCCGCCUGGAGGGCUUCCUGGCGAGGAGAGUUCGGCAGGACCAGGGGGACCAGCAGCGCUACAAGGACCACCUGCAGAAGUACGAAACGUACAAGCGGAUCUUGCAGGAAAAGAACAGGCUGAAAGUGCUUUUGGACAGCCAGCAGGAAAAACCCAAAGUAAAAUCCGAACCCAUGGACGACGGCAAAAUGGAAGUCAAAACUGAUUCCAGCAAGGCAGCUGCAGUUGUCCCUGCUUUGCAGACACGCAUUAUCUCCGCAAGUAAAGCUGGUCAGCCGAAAGUUGACGUCAUUGUUGCAAAACCAGUUGUGGGGCAAGUGAGCAAUACAUCCACACUGAAAGUAACCCAGCAAACUUCAGCCUUGCCGGCCAAGCCAGUGACUGAUAAAGUAGAAAACAAAGUCAUCCUGGCUGUGAACAAUGUGGAGGCCAAGUCAGACAUCAAGACGGUAGGCGCUACCAAAUCGUUGGCCCCUGCUCUCACAAAUGAACCAAAGAAGCCUCCCCAGCUCAACACCCCAUCAACUGUGUCUUCCUCUUUCCAAGCUGCGUAUGAGAACAUGCUGGCCAGCGUGUGCAGUAUUCCCAACGUGACAGCCUCACCAAAGAAACUUGCAAAAGAUAAACCGAUAUCUUCUGCCGCACCUGGUAAAACAGUUGACACCAAGACCACAUCGCAGGGAACUAAAGACGGUUCUGUCAACCAGAGCCAGCCCGCUGAACAACAAAAUGUGAAUAACAGUUCGAACGAAACACCUGUGUUAAAUGAUGGUGCAAUUCCAGUUGUUGUAAACAGUUCAUCCAGUAACUCGCCAGCAGCGAGUGGCGUCAAAGUGCCUCAUAGUGUGCACAAUGCAGAGAGGUCCUUCUCAGGCAAUGGGGUAACAGCAGGAAUUGAAAACUCUGAGAGCAAGAACCUACAGGUCUUUGAAUUAAAUGAAAAGGGAAAGCUAAAGCUGGUGGACAAGCCCGGAAGCACUUUGGUUCAGGCUUCCCCAGUCAAAAAUCUGCUCACUCCUGGACUGAGUGCAGAUGUCAACCACAUUGAUGGAACUGUUGCUGCAGCUGAAACAAACAAAACCCAUGAAUCUAUCCACAAGAACCUUCUUCAUACCACAAACCAAAGCACAAAACCCUCAGGUAAAACUGUCAUUGAAAUGGACGGUGAAAAAGUAAGCACAGCUGAUGUGGAACCUGCUUCUUCAAAUGCUGUCAAAUCACUGAGUGAGGAAAAUAACUCAAGUUCUGCAACUGAUCCAAAACCUCUUCUUGAGAAUGAUGUGGAGUCCAAGAAAGCAGAAAUUAUUGAGCGACCAACAGCCACGACGCAAGAGGAACCGAUGGAUUGCAGUGAAUCCAAGGACAGCUUCAGUCAGAAACCUGAAAGCCAAAUGCAAAAAGAUGAGAGCUUGUGCAAUUCUGUAAAUAACAAAUCUCCAGUACCUCAUGAACUCGUGCCUGAAAAAGUGCCGUCUUCCCAAACUGGGCAGCCCUCGGACAGUGGCGACAACAUAAAAGACAUUACUGUUGGUGGGACGGAGGGGCCAAAAACAUCGGGGUCAAUACCAAAAGUAGGAAAUUCACCUGAAAUUGUGACGACAGAGUCUGAGAAACUGGAAACACAAAAUGGAGCUGGCGCUACCUCGGCCCACGAAAAGUCACAGAGCUCUACCCUGCCUGCGGAACCAUCACUUCCUGAAAGCAUAGGGUGUUUACCAAAAGUAGGAAAUUCACCUGAAAAUGUGACGACAGAUUGUGAGAAACUGGAAGCAGAAAAAGGAGCUGAUGCUACCUCGGCCCACGAAAAGUCACAGAGCUCCAUCCUGCCUGCAGAACCAUCACUUCCUGCAAGCGUGGAAUCUGCUGCAACUCUGCCAAACCAGAGUGUAUCCAGCAAUCCUCUUCAACAAACAGAAAGUGUGACCAGUAAAGCCGUUAUCAAUGCCGCCGUUAUUGCACAGGGUCCAAGCCAAAUCAGUAUUGGCCAGAAAUCUUCAGGUUGUGACAGUGAGGUUGUGUCACCGAGUAAAUUGGAGAGCGAUCAGAAAAAUCAAUGUGUUGAUGCUACGUCAGCGAAGACGGCAAACGAAAGAACUAAGACCGAUGGAGCUUCGGACCAAGCUUCAACUGAAGCAGGGUCACAGCAUACAAACUCCAAGUCACCCGUAAGGGUUACCAGUGCACCCAAUGCAACUUCACUGAGUGAUACUGUAAUUCCUGAGGUGAACAAUCAAGCACCGGCCUCUGCAACAGACAGCAAAGUGUUAUCAACUGUGACAAGUGACAGUGUGACUGUAAAUGUAACGGGUAACAGUGUGACAUCCCCUGUGAUGUCAACCUGCACAACCAGUGCACCCGCCCGUGAAAGGUUGGAUACUGGUGUGACAUCGACUGCAACCCCAGUUGCGAUGGGUGACAGUGUGACAUCAAGCGUAACCAGCAAACCCACAGUUGUGUCAGUCACAAGUGCAAGCAGUGCAUGCUCCCCGAGCUUGUCCACACCUGCUGUGACAGGUGUCACUUCAAAAGUGCCAGUCACAAAGCAGCUGCAAUCCAGUGUCUCUAAAGUAUCUGCUAUACCAACUCCGACCAAAGAAAAAAUCACCGUGGCACAGAAACAUGAUGGCAACAUCUUGAUAUCGGAAAAGAUCUCUCAGCUUGCAAAUAGUGGAUUUACCCCCAAAAAUGCCCCGUCGCAGAUGUUGCCCAAAACAACAGUGGCAGCUGAAGCUGUUAAGAAAGCUACAUCAGUUGCUGUCACACCUAUUGUCACAACAAAAAGGACGGAAGUAUUUGGUCCAAAACCAACCACUCCAACGCUUGCCCUUAAUCCAGAGGUAAAACCAAACUUGGCAAAACUGCAGAAACCCCAAGUUACAGGGGCCCAACAGGCAGGUGUCUCGCAGACUCAAGUCAGUGCCAAGGGAAAUGUGUCCACUCUAACAAAGAUAGUCCAGCAAGGGGUUUCCCCUCAGAGGCAACAGAAGAUAGGGAUAAUCCAGCAGGGUACGUCGGGACCCAAAGUAGUGUACAUCUCCAGCCAGGGCGUGGCCAGCUCGACCCCUCUAAACACUGCUCAGAAAACCGCAGGGUUGGCAAUUCAAGCCCAGGUUUCUGCAUCCACGUCUAAGGCUGUGUCAACCACCGCUCCUGCUGUCACUCCCUCCAGGAACAGUCUUAGCGCUUCUCUUCCCACAUUAUCAGCCAGUGGGGUUCUGGCCUCUGGUGUCCCAAGUGUCCAAACAAGUAACCCUUCUUCCCAGGUGGUUACUAGCACUGUAGUGAGGAGCACUCAAUCUACCAGCAGUGCUGUAACCAAGACGGAAACCAUCACAAGAGCUGGUCCAUCCUUGGCUUCUACCACCACAGAAGUCUCAAGCAACAAAACAAAAGCGACCAUCAUGGUGUCUGGCACCUCUGUCAGUGGCAUCAGUGUGUCCUUCGCAGACAUCAGUGCCAGGAUCAAGCAGUUUGAGGAGCACCUCAAGGAGACUGAGAUGCCCAAGUUGCCGCGGGUCUGUGACCCCUACCGGCUGACAACCAAGCCCUUGCCUGGCACUGUCCGCCGGCCCGGCAUGAAGAAGAUGGCCAAACCCCUGCCCAUGUGCCGCAAGUUUGCCACCCGCAGUAAACUCAAGAGCAUCCUCAUCUUACCCCCACAGGAGCUGAGCAAGCUGUGCCGGCGAGGCGGCCGCUACGAGGUCCAGGGGUUCAACUACAAUGCCAAAAAUGUCAGUGAUUACUGGCCCUACCCCUCACCCCGGCCCAGCUUCCAGAUCUGCUGGCGCUACCGCCUCCAGACAGUCUCCUCUUUCUCGGCCGUGGGGCUGAUGCUGCACAUCAUCUGGGCCAGCAUCCGGUGGGAGGACAUGGCCCAGAGGCCCCUUCAUGGCAUCACUCACUCUAUUGAGACCGAAGACGAGAGGAUCACCACGGCAAUUUGCAAGAAGCGUGACAUCCAGCCAUCUGGGCUGAGAUCUGAGUAUCUCAUUCGACAGAUCAUCUGGCCCAUGGGAAAAGAUGAACAAGAGACAGUGCACAAGCCUCAGCGUUCUGGCCUGCGGUCCAGCUCGGCUCCCAUCAAGCCUCCCGAGCCGGUCAAGCCCAAGGGUCCUCAGGUCAUUGAGACCUGGGUCAAGGAAGAAGAGAUGGAGCUGUGGGAGAUUGCACAGUUUGGAGAGAGUAUGCAAAAGUUUGCCCGGGAGAAGCAACAGAUGAACAGCAAGGCUGCCAAGGACAGCAAGCAUGCCGCUAGUGCCAGGGGGUCAACAGGACGCGUCACAGCAGAACAGGUCAAGGAGCAGUUGGAAGACCAGCUGAAAAACCAGCGACUCUCUGGACAACAGAAGAGAUUCCAGCAGCUGGCUCCGUCCCCAUCCACGGGCGCCGUCACUGCCUCGCCCAGCCUGACCACCAUCAAGACCACCACGCCACGAACCUUGACCUCCCUGACCACACCCAGCCAGCCUGCCUCGGACUCCUCCACGCCCAGCCGCAAGGGCGGGGUCCGCAAGAAGGGCGCGGCCAAUAUCACCAUUGCCAAGAAGGUGAUCGGGACCAAAGAUGUGCCCGUCGCCUCCACGCCCCGGGUGCUGAAUGUGUCGGGCGGGGGCACGCUGCAAGGCGGAACGCUGCUGCAGAUGGGACAGGUCAAACUGACGACCAACCCCACCAAGUUUGUCUUUGCCUCAACCGGUGCUACCGUUGGUACACCCACCAUCUUGACAUCAACUGGCAUGCAGGCCCGUUUCCCAGCAUACACCAGCGGCACUCCAACCUCCAAAGUCACCACCAUCACCCCUAAGGGCACCACGGGGGCCACCGUGGGGGCUAGGACCCUCUUUGUCAGGACACCGCAAGGCAACGUAGUCUCUGGACAGGGCCUUUUGAAUGUAGCCACCCCCGGCAAACUCCCGAUCCAGUCCACCAAUCAGGUCAUACGUCCAGCGACCCCAGCCACCACGCCCGCCGCUGCCACCACGGCCGCCACGCCUACCACCACCCAACCCGGCCAGACCCAGCUGUCGGGCCAGGCCCACGUCUUCACUGCCCAGGCCCAGUCCGUCAUGGUGGGCGGCCAGCGAUUCGUCAUCACGCCGGCACAAGUUCAGGUGCAGGGGACCGGGCAGAUGAUUGCCGCUCAGCUGAUACAGACCACCACGGCCCAGGGCACCACGCUGCAGCGACUGGUGCUGACGCCCAACUCAGCUACUACUCCUGCUGCUACACCGGGGCAAGCAACCCAGCAGUCCCAAAGCAUCCCUCAGCCGGUCAAUAUCCAGGCCACCUUACAAGCCCUCCAGCAACAGGCCCAGGCCCAGCAGAUAACCCUCCCUCAGGCCAAGACAGCCCCGGCCACGGUCCAGGCGCUGGCCAAGGCAGGCGGCGGUGCCACCACCCCCACGCUGCUGGGUGUUCAGACCACGGCUACCGCACUGCAGCAACAGAGACUGUUGCUGGCUCAGCAGCAGCUGCAGCAGCAGCAAGUGCUCAAGGCCCAGGCGGCUAAGGUUGCCACGCCCAAAUCGCCUACAAGAAGAGUUUCAAGUGGGCAGAAAAAGAACAAACAGCUGAAACAGCAACAACUGCAGCAGCAAAUGCAGCAGCAGCAACAGCAGCAGGUGCGGCAGGAGCAGCAGAAGCAGAUCGCCAGCAUGCAGGUGGAGGCCCAGGACCUGCAGCUGCAGUUCCAGCGAGAUUUUGCCAAGCAGCAGCAGAGCAUCCGGGAGGCCGCUGAGCUGGAGACGCUGCGGGCCAAGCAGCGACUCAUGUCACCCACGGAGAAGGCUGAUCACCAAAGGAUGCUGUCCUGCCAGCAGGUCAUGAAGACCAUCCUGGACCGCCUGGAGAGGGAGGAGCGCCAGAACCUGAAGCGCAAACGCAAAGAGGAGUCGCAGGCCGACAAGCGGCAGCGCACGGCCUCCCACAAGCUGGUCAACCUCCUGUACCGGCACAAGGAGUCCCUCAAGAGGGAGAUGCUGGCCAAGCGGGAGCUGAUGGAGCAGGCGCUGCUCAAGGAAGCUCAGGACGAGAUCAAGCAGGCAUCUAAAGCGGCCAAGAAGCGCAAGCACGCCGAAGAUCCCGUCGCUGCCACCAAAAAGGACGUCUCCAAGUCGAAGAAGAGGAAGCUGAUCCACACCUCCCCGACACCGAAGUCCAAGAAGGAGACCAAACGGGAGUCCUCUGGCAAGGCCUCGGCUGCGGCUUUGGCUAAGGAGGCGGCCAAGGCAGCGGCUCAGGAGACAGCGAGGCAGGAGAGCAAGAUGGAAGAGGAGGAGGAGGAGGAACAGACACCCCUGGCCCAGGAAGCCCCAGAUGUGGAAGAAGAUCCCGAGAGGCUGUACUGUAUUUGCAAGAGGCCUUAUGAUCCAGCUAAGUUCUACAUCGGCUGCGAUAUGUGCCAGAACUGGUUUCACGGCACCUGUGUGAACGUCAGCGAGGAUAUGGCAGAGAGCAUGAACGAUUACGUCUGUGACGAGUGCUCGGCCCGCAGGCAGGAAAACGAAGAGGACCUGUACUGCCUGUGUAGACAGCCCUAUGAUGAGUCACAGUUCUACAUCGGAUGCGAUCGCUGCAAUGACUGGUUCCAUGGCCGCUGCGUCAACAUCUCCCAGCGAGAGGCGGAGUUCAUUGAGAACUACAUCUGCCCCAAGUGCCAGUCGGCCAAGACACAGAAGAGCCAACGGUCCCUGGAAGGCAAGGACUUUGACCAUCUCAAGAGAGUGCUGAGACAGCUGCAGAGCCACAAGAUGGGUUGGCCAUUCCUGGAGCCCGUCAGUGAUCUAGAUGCACCCGAUUAUUUCACAGUCAUCAAGGAGCCAAUGGACUUAUCCACCAUUGAGGACAAGCUGAAGCACAAGAAAUACACCAUGCUGCAUGAGUUCAACAGCGACAUCAGCCGCGUCUUUGACAACUGCCGCUACUACAACCCGUCCGACUCUGCGUUCUACCAGUGCGCCGACGUCCUGGAGAAGUUCUUCCUCCAGAAGAUGAAGGCCUUCAAGGAGUGAGGAAAAUAAGAAGGUUGCCAUUUUCCAUUAGUCUGGUUCCCUGACUUGAGUACCCUCCAAAGUCUUGUAAUUAAUCAUGACAGCAAAGCCCUGACAUCUCCAUUAGUCUGGUCCCCAAACCGAAAUAUCCGAAGAAGUCUUUUUAAAGUGGAAUCAGGCAACCAGAAUUAGAAGCUUUCAUUGCGGUGGUGUUACGCUCACGCGCAUACUGCACGCGUUCUUAAAGACGAUGCGCAUGCGCAUUUUGGUAUUCCUAUUGGUCGAAGGAGCCUGGAGUGCGUGCCUACUACCUGGGCGUGACUCGCGCAAGCCUGUUGACACUGCAGAAAAUGACUGCCGAUGGAUUUGUCUAUACAUCGUAGUGGUCACUUUUAUAAUUACAACAUGAUACAGCAAGGUAAACUUUGCAUUAUGCCCAGCAUCAAAUUUAGCAAAUGCAAGGUUGACUUUAUGAAUUUAAAAAUAAUGAAUUCAAAAGCUUCAGGCCUGAUAACAAGCAUGGCAGGCAUUUUGUUAGUAAAUACAACCCCUUACACUCAGAAAACCCUGAGCCAUCACAAUCAUAUCCGAAAUGUUAAUGAAAACGUGUUCAGAAAAACUGCAGACAUUUUCGGACAUAGGAUGAAUGCUGCCUGUUUUGUUCACGUGAUGUUGGCACUCACCGAAACCUUGAUUGGUCAGAAUAGUCAGAAAUCUUUAGGUCUAGAAACAGACUGUAUUCCUUGAUCGUGUCCUUGCUCAAUCUGGCAAGGUGCCCUUGGUAAAAUCAGUACCAGUGGGUAGCUCAGUUGUAGGGGGUUUAAUAAUAAGACCCUCCUCAAGAUGAGCUUUGCACAUUGCGCAUGCGUGGCCCAAUCAAACAAUCGUCUUGUGCAGCGUAUCAGAAGAUUUGACAUUAAAUGAGCACGAAAGAGUGUCUAUUUUGUGGACCAUGCAAAAAUGUCAGUGCAAGAAUACAGCAUGGAAAAACACAUAGCAAAAUGUAGAUCAGGGUGUACACCACGUUUUAAUAAGUCUCUUUUUAUCAUGAAUUUGGUGGAAAUGUUUGUGUCGUAUUUGGAAUAGGACAUUUGUGUGUGUAUUCAAAGCGAUGUUUAGGAUUAUAAAGCAAAAGAAGAGUUGCCCCAAAACAAACACAAGAGGGCUAGGGCUAGGGAGUAGAAAGAGAGUAACUUAUUUGGUCAUUCAAAGAUGCAUUUCCCAUGCUAUUUUCAAGUCGCACAUAAAAAAAGGAAAAAAAAUGUUUCCUCAAUUUCUAUUUUCCUAGCAGUUUAAUAGUUACUGACUUUUGAAUGAGAUAUUGAAGAAAAAAAAAUCCAGCAACGUUUAGUUUUUGAAUUAUUUCUUCACAAAAUUCAAAUUAUUGGCUGCCAGACAAUAAUUCGGCUCUCGCAGGGGGGGGUUAUCAGUGCACAAAAUAAAAUCCCGUUUUCAAAGAGUUGCAGAUGCCCAAAAUUGAAAUAAAGUAGUUUUUUUCCGUUAAAACAUACAAAUUGAACAUUUGUUAGGAGAAAAAAGAAAUCCAGUUUUUGAAGAGCUUGGGGUAUCAGCUUUAAUUUAGAGGAAGAAUAAAUGUUGUGUGUAGUGCGUUGUGAUGACUUUCAUUAUUAUUAAUGCGAGAACAAUUCCAGUUUAAGGAACCGUCGUUAAAACGUUUGAAAUAUUCUUUCAUUUAUUUACGUUUCUUGCAUAAAAUUGUUCUUACGACCGAGCUAGAACUAUGAAAUUCAGGUAAACAGGUAUACAGUGCUUAGAUUUUAAAAACUAACUGUGCUGUAAAUAUUUAUUUCCGUACUUGUGGCUCAGCGCUGCUCUUUGUGUUUAGCGCAUACACGAUACUUUAAAUUAUUGCUGUUUUACAAUUUUUUGAAUCAAAUUCUUGUAAAACCCCAGAAUUUAACCCAUACUGUGUGUUCACCUGAGCACUUAGUGCAGUGCACAUGGAAAGAUUGCAUGUACCAUAUUGAACAAAUCGUCAUAAUUUUUUUUCACUUUGUAGCUCGAACGGGGUUCUCUAUUUCUCUAGAAAAUGUACAUUGGUAUGUAUAUAAAUAUAUUUACUCCCAAUUUAUAACUUUCGAGUUAGUGCAGUUAGGUGUGUAUUAUAUGAAUCACAUAGUUGAGGGUUUUCAUUCAAUUGGGAAAUUUGCAUAUUAUUUGCAUAAGUUGUUAUUGCAGGAGGGGCGACAAUGUUUUUUGUAUCAUUUUUUUUGGGUUACUUUUAUUUAUUCAUUUAUUUAUUUUCUUGUUUGAAACAUUCUUGUGUGUGUAUUACCUGCAGUUUUUUGUUUUUCUUUUGUUUUUUGAUCAUUAAGUAAAUCGUAUCAAACCUGGUCUUUAGUUGAUUCAAGCUUACGAAGCUUCAAAGAUGUGAAAAUAUGAAAGUGAAAAAAAUGCUGUUAUUCAUAUGUGCUAUCGAAAACACUCCGUGUAAUUUAUUUUAAUGUUAUGUAAAUUCAAUUUGGUUUUCUGUGUGUAAAUUGAACUAUACCGAAAUAUGUUAAAUAUGUGUAACUACCUGGACAUAAUAAUACAUGCAUGUGAAUGCUGACAUAUUUUGGGGAAGAAAAAAAAGCAAAAUUGCUCACAUGUAUUUAAACUUUUGGAAGAACAGAAAAAGAAAUUGUCAAUACUGGGUGUUUGAAAAUAUUUUUUACAUAACAUAACAUAACAUAACAGAUAUUUACUUUCUGAAAAGUUGUUGGUUUGCCUUCAUUUGUAAACAAAAUGGAGUAUACUACAUAAAAUGUGUCAGCUAUUAAAUUAAUCAGUAGAGUAUUUAACAGGUGCAGAAAAAAACUUUUGGACAAACAUUUUGUAAAGAAACUCAAUUCCUUUAAAUCAGACAUUUAUCAGUAUCAAUUUGAUUUCUGACAAUACAGCAUUCUUUCGGACUUGUACAAAUUCAGUACACAGGACUUUACAAAAUUUCAACCCACACUUAAAACUUCAUGUCACAAAUUUUGUAAAUAAUUUUGAAUAAAUUGUACCAUUAUUAGGAUGUGUUAUUAUUAAUUAGUGAACAGACUGACUACAUAUUUUGUACUCGAUUGCAUCUAAUGCACUCUUCUAAUGAAAUAACUGAGCACCUUUUGUAAACUCUAAAAAAAAUGUCUGAAAGUUGUUGAAGGAUCAUUUUGGGGUAAAUUGACUUGAUUUAGAGAUCAGAAGAGUGUCCAGUAGAUACUUCAGGUGUUUAUUUUCUUCUAGUUUUGUUUUUCUUUAAGUAAGAGUAAUUUGUAAAUAUGAUUUACUGGCAUGAUUAAAACAGUGGACCAGGAGUGGGAAGAUAAAUUUAA